AUCCUGGAAAUCUGGUUUCCAUCAUUCCUGCUUGUAGCGGUGCUGUGCCAAUCAUCCAUGAUAUUGGGAGUAUAAAACUAAAUUAUCCAUAAUGAAGGCUGACCAAUUAAACACCUUCCUACUGGCUGCCACGUACACAGUACACAUAGUAUACUGCAAUAGUUUCAUGUAAUACUCUACCCCAUUACACGUCUGGCCAGCAGGGUGCAGUGUUGUACUUUGGAUGUCCCCACAGUGACUGAUAGUACAGUACUGCACAAUAACCACUGCAUCCACCAGGGGGAGACAAUGUUCUACUGUAUGUGUGUGGGUGUGCACGUGCGUGAAGGCCCUCCCUCAGCGGGGUCAGGUGGUGCCCCCCCCAGCCCAGGAGUGCAGACAUGAAGCGUACGCUGGUGUGUGUGCUGAUGGCCGCCUGGAGCCUGGGAAGCGGCGCCCAGAUGGUCAAGCAGCCGGUGGGGGACGUGCACGCCGAGCAGGGUGAUGCCGUGACGCUGGGCUGCAGCUACCAAAGCUCCGGAGCUAACGACUACAUCUUCUGGUACAAACAGGAAGGCCGGGCGGCGCCAGAGUUCAUCCUGAGCCGCUUCAAGAUCGGUCAGGGCAAGACGGAGAGUCGCUUUGAGAAGAGGUUCAGCUGCAGCAUUGAUGCCGGCGCCCUGCAGGCUCCGCUGGAGAUCCAAGACGUGCAGAUGAAGGACUCUGCUGUCUACUACUGCGCCCUGCAGCCCACAUGUGUGUCUGGAAUGAACCGAUUACUUUUUGGAAGCGGAACCAGGCUGACGGUGGAAGUCCAGGAGGACCUGGAGCCGUCCUUCUACAAACUGGAGGGGAACGUGACGGCUUGCUUGGCCGCCGGCUUCAGCAGACAAAACGCCACGGAGAAGGCGGGGAAAGGAGACGUGUUCCGGGGGUCGCACGGCGUGCGGAUAUCGGGCGACUCGCUGUACAAUCAGGUGACGCUGCUCUCGGCCGAGCACGCCGACUCGUGUGAGAAAGGUUACAGCGGACCGGGCCGGUGCCGGGACGCGUUGGUGCCAGACGAGAAGAUCAACCUGGUCUCUCUCACGGUCCUCGUCCUCCGUAUCGUCUUCGCCAAGACGCUGGCCAUCAACGGCGUCCUGACGCUGCGCCUGUGGCUGGCUCCGCCCCAGUAGGCCUCCAUGCGCCGCCACCAUCGGCUCUGACUGCUGGGAGGACUGGAAGUGGUCGUCAAAGCACGGAGUCACCGACAUCAGCUGUGGUUGGGACAGGAUGUGGGGGCAGGGCCAACGGAGGUCAGGUGCUCCAACACUUUUCAUCAUCGUCUUCGCUUACCGUCUGUCACAUGACCUCCGCUGCCGUGACAGGAAGUGUACGACUUGGCUCCCUGAGUGCGGCGGCGCUGCAGGCAGGAAGUACAGGCCUGCUAGCGGUGGCCGCAGGGAGGCUUCCAGGUCACAGCAUGCACACGUGCGCUGUUGUGCAUGUUGUGUUUGCGACACAGCAACAACCUGGCAUACAAGGCUCGAGGUCCAGGCCACUUCAUUCAAAUCUCUGCUGGCGGCUCGUGCUGCGUUCAGGAAGCGCUGACUGUGGGACUUGAAGAGAGAACUAACCCCCCCCCCAUUACAUCAUCACGGUGCAGUCACAGGGAGCGUCGUGGACCAUGGUAGCGAAGGUCGGGAGUGUAGUAAAGAAAUGCAUAUUGAAUCAAAUCAAAUAUUUCCAAGCAUAAAAUGGCUCAAUGAAAUCAAAGAUAAAUAAAAGGCAGAAGAGGCAUCCUAUUGGUGGAUGUCAAAGUCCACAUUGGCCACCAGGUGGCAGUAAUCAGUGAGGCGGGCACUGGACUUGUCACCACUGUUUUCCCACGCAAACACAUUUAGUGAUGCAUAUUCAAAUCCAAUUAAACCAUUACCAUGACAUGACAUGACAUGACAUGACAUGACAUGACAUGACAUGACAUGACAUGACAUGACAUUACAUGACAUUACAUUACAUUACAUUACAUUACAUUACAUUACAUUACAUUACUAUUACCAUUUCAUUACCAUUACCAUUACAUUACCAAUACAUUAUCAUUACCAUUACAUUGCCACACAUUACCAUUACAUUACCAUUACCAUUACAUUACGUUACCAUUAUCAUUACAUUUCCAUUAUAAUUACAUUACAUU